AUGGCGGGACUCCACUAUAAGACGAUGAGGGCCUAUCUUCCCAGAGUACGGUUCCUCACACUACAUUAUGCCUACUUUAUUGGGCUAUCCUUAAUUACCUCCGCCAUCUUCUGGGGCACCUCUUCCCCUGCCCAGAGUGUGCGAUAUAUUAACUCGUUGUACAUGACUGUGAGCGCUAUGACCCUCACUGGCAUGAACACGGUGAACCUGUCUACCCUCAGUACAUUCCAGCAAGUCCUGCUGUUCUUUCUGAUCUUGUCUGGAUCUGCGAUCUGGGUGUCGAUCGCCAUAGUCUUAGUUCGCAAACAUGCAUUUGAGAGAAGGUUUGCCGAUAUUGUUAAAGCAGAGCGUCUUGAGCGAAAAUCUCGUAGUCAGAUUAGGUUUGGCAGUGCAAUCACAAGGUCACGCUCUUUCUCCAGAGAGCCUACUUCGCCCCAGGAACGUACUUGGCUGCCAGGACACCUACCCAUGUUCCGCUCUUCGACCUGGGGAGAUCCAGUUGACCCUAGCGGUACAUUCCAACGCGGGAGCUCGGAGAAGAAAGACCCGGCAUCGGACUCUCGGCCUGAACAUACUGAUGUUGGAAACUUCAACCAACAACCAAACCAGCCCGUUUCGGAAGUUGGCGAUGAUGCUCGGUCUGUGGCUCCCGAAGAAGAAUCCCAUAAUGGAGAAGUUUCCAGGGAGCAAACGAGUCACACUGGUAAUGAUGUGCAUAUUGCAUUCACUGCAGACUUACGCCGGAAUAACUCCGAAGAUCAACAGUCAAACCCAAUACGCCGACGCAUGCUUUCUCCAUACACCAAUGUUCUGAAUCGCUCUACAACGCUCGGCGAAUUGGAAGAAGGUCCAUCCGCCAACGGGUCUGGUGGAGAGGACCUUCAUUUGAACCUUCUUCACAAGUUGCAUCGCAAUUCUACCUUCUACAAUCUCAGUGAAGCAGAGCGGCAAAAGCUCGGAGGUGCCGAGUAUCGAGCAAUCUCCUUGUUGGCAAUCAUUGUGCCGAUCUACUUUUUCCUUUGGCAGCUGCUCGGCGGGUUAGGGGUAGGAGCGUAUCUCGCAAGGAAUAAAGCGUCAGUGACUGAGUCCAACGGUCUGAAUCCUUGGUGGACCGGCUUCUUUUUUGCAAUUUCUGCAUUCAACAACUCUGGCAUGAGUCUUGUCGACGCGAAUAUGAUUCCCUUUCAAACAUCAACCUACAUGCUCAUCACAAUGGGCUUACUGAUCCUGGCUGGAAAUACCUGCUAUCCAAUUUUUCUGCGAUGGAUAUUACGUGCUAUCCGCCUCAUGAUCCCAGAUCACGAGUACUUCGGUCAGUUCCGCGACACCCUAGAUUUUCUGUUGGAUCAUCCACGGCGAUCUUAUACCACUUUAUUUCCUUCUGCUCAAACUUGGUGGCUGUUACUCUCGGUCAUUGUAUUGAAUGGUAUUGAUUGGGUUGCUUUCGAAGUACUCAACAUAAAUAACCCAACCGUGAACGCCAUUCCGCGGGGAUCCCGUGUGUUGGAUGGGCUGUUCCAAGCCGUUUGCGUUCGCAGUGGAGGUUUCUACGUGGUCAAUAUCUCCGCCCUCCAACUGGGGACACAAGUCAUCUAUGUGGUGAUGAUGUAUAUCUCGGUCUAUCCCGUUGUGAUUACUAUGCGACACUCGAACGUAUACGAAGAAAGGAGUCUGGGGAUCUAUGCUGAUGACCAAUUCCCCAACGAUGAUGAUCAGGAUUCGUCAUCGGAUACUUCAAGAAAUCCACUUUCCAUGACACCCGCCGCUGGGAGAAUCUACUUCAUCCGUCAACAGCUACGGGCGCAGAUGGCAUACGAUCUAUGGUGGAUCGCGUUGGCUGUCAUCAUAAUUUGCAUCGUGGAGGCAGGCCAAUUCACCCGCAAUCCCGUUACAUUCUCAGCAUUCAACAUUAUUUUCGAGACUGUGAGUGCAUAUGGAUGUGUCGGGAUUAGCACAGGCCUUCCAAAUCAAUUUUACAGUUUCUCUGGAGCCUGGCAUACAUUAAGCAAGCUUGUGCUCUGCGCUGUGAUGAUCCGAGGUCGCCAUCGAGGUCUGCCGGUCGCUAUUGACAAGGCGAUUAUGCUACCGAGCGAGAAGCUUAUCAGAGCCGAAGAGGAAGAUGCACAGAUUAGGAUGGAACGAACAAUGAGCCGCAGGCGAUCCCGAUCGUCAGUCUAG